UCUUCUGCACUAUAUCCAAAAUGGCGGACGAUGGAGAAAUUGACAUCGAAGGGGAGUUUGAUUUUAAGCUGGAAGUUGAAGAUGGAUUCUAUGAUGCCAAUGAACUGCCCUCAAAGAGUGCAAACCUGCUUCCCGAGUUUACCAACCCUCCAUGGAUGCUGGAGCAGGGAUGGACAAUGGACAGCUACAUGGAUGAAAAGUCAAAGGCCACCAUAGAAAGAAUGCUGAUGGAAGAACAACAAUACCUCAAUGGCCGAUCUAAGUCAAAGAUGGUUUCAUCUGACAAGUCUCCGCCUUCCAGCCCGACAAAACCCAAGUCGAACUCCGCCAAACGAAGAGAAACAACUUUUCCCUGGAAUGAGGAAGAGAAACAACUUUUCUCAGUGGGCUGGUAA